AAAAAAAAAACAAAAGAAAUUACUUUCAAGAAAUUCCUGCAUUUUGAGUUCUUGCUAAUUUUAGGCCACCGCCACUCAGACAGUAUCGACACUGUUCAAAAACAUCUCUUCUCCCACAAAGAUUCCCUUUUUAUUCAUUAAUUUUUAUUUUUUUUAAUUUUUCGGAAUUUCAUUUUCACUUGCAUUUGAAGAUGCCCACCUCAGAUCCAUAAUUAGAUUGAAUCUUUGAUGUUGCUGUUGUGCAAGAAAAUGUUGGGAGAUCAUUGUUGUGGGGUUCAUUAAUUCGAAGCUUUUCGGGGUUUUUUUUUCGAUUAAAGCUUCCGUCUUUAUGUUGGCUUAAUCAAAUCUAUGGAGAGCCCUCAUUGUAUUUUCAAGAAAAGGUUUCUAAAUACUCGGUGGAUAGAUGAUGCUUAAACGAGGUGUGGAAUAAUGUCGAGGGUUUCUAAGUGGAAGCUCGAGAAGAAUAAAGUCAAAGUCGUCUUUCGCCUCCAAUUCCAUGCAACGCAUAUUCCACAAAGUGGAUGGGAGAAGUUGUUUAUAUCGUUCAUACCUGCCGAUACAGGGAAAGCUACAGCUAAAACAACAAAAGCAAACGUAAGAAACGGAACAUGUAAAUGGUCCGAUCCUAUUUACGAAACGACGAGGCUUCUUCAAGAUUCUAGAACCAAACUUUACGAUGAGAAGCUCUACAAAAUUGUCGUGGCCAUGGGAUCUUCGAGGGCAAGCAUCCUCGGUGAGGCUUCCGUAAAUCUUGCCGAUUAUGUUGAUGGUCUAAAGCCAUCCGAUGUAUCACUUCCUCUUCACGGAUGCAAUUUCGGAACUAUUUUACAUGUUACCAUUCAGCUCCUUACCUCAAAAACUGGAUUUAGGGAAUUUGAGCAGCAGAGAGAACUCAGAGAAAAGGGAUUACAUGCCGAUAGUGCCCCUGCCAAAAUACAAUAUCCCGAAGAGGUCACCAUCGACGAGGUGGGUGCACAUAUUAAAUUUAAAUCAGAUGCUAACGAGGUCUCUUCGCUCGAAGAAGAAGUGAACCCGAGCGAAGAAUAUGGAGGCUCGGCUACUGGAUUCGAUGGCUCGUCGAAUACUUCCGGAAGUUUCUCUGCGGAGAAGCAUGAAGUUGAUUCCAAAAGUACAACUUCUAGUCCACAUAAAGUCAAAAGAGGUACACCCGAUCAUCCAAAUACGGCCCAAGGGAGUGUUGGUUCAGACAAAUCCACAACAGACAAUAACAACGAAUUAGCAACGGCUUUCGAAGAGAACAGUCGACUUAGAGCAAGUUUGGAAUUAUCCGAAUCUUCAUUUUUCAACCUCAAACUCGAAGUCGACUCUCUGCAGACCCUAGCUGACGAAUUAGGCUCCGAAACGCAAAAGCUCUCACGCCAGCUGGCGGCCGAGGCGUCUUCGUCCGAACAGCUGGCGAACGAGGUUUCUGUCUUGAAAUCAGAAUGUCUGGAUUUCAAGAACGAAAUAACCCGGAUUAAAAAAACGACCGAAAAUCGAGAUACCGCAUCUUUUAAGGACGAUCGUUUUGUGUCUGAAAAUGGGCUCGGUCUCGAUUUGUGUCAGCCGGAAAUCUUUGAUCCCAUCGAUGCAAUGAAAGCUCAAAUCUUCGAUCUUGUAAGAGAAUUGGACGACGCGAAAGUCGAAAAGGAAUCUCUUACAAGAAAAAUGGAUCAAAUGGAACUGUACUACGAAGCACUAAUUCACGAGCUGGAAGAAAAUCAAAAGCGCAUGCUCGGUGAAUUACAGCACGUGACCAAAGAGCACGCCACUUGCCUCUACAAUUUAUCGGUCACUAAAUCCGAAACUGAAAAACUCAGCCAAGAUAUGAGUCAGCAAAUGCUUCGAUUCGUCGAAGAGAAACGUGAUUUGGAAGCCAUUAACGAAGAGCUCGAGAAAAGGGCUACAAUUUCGGAAGCUGCUCUGAAAAGGGCUCGUCUAAAUUACUCGAUAGCGGUGGAUAAAUUACAAAAAGACCUCGAUGUGCUUUCCUCACAGGUUACUUCCAUGUUCGAGACUAACGAAAGCCUCAUCAAACAAGCUGUACCUAAUCAGAAUCAAGAAGAUUAUGAAACGAAAAGGAAAAGAUCUUUUUCCAUGCACGAGGAGCUUUAUCGAAGGGCUGAAGAAGAACUUAUCGAAAUGUAUUCGAUGAAUUUGAACUUGGAUAUAUACUCAAGGGCACUUCAAGAACCGUUGAUUGAAGCCGAUUUUGAAAUUAGAAAUAUGAAGGAGAAAAUUGACGAACUUGUGGAAGAGUUGAAACUCUCGACCGCUUCUCAGAACGAGUUGAUGGUGAGGUUGCAGAAGGCAAAGGAUGAUAUUCACGAACUCAACGAGUAUAAAUAUAGUAGCAUUUCGGAGAAUCGGCUCUUGGAGGAGAAGUUGGCGAAACUUUCGAAGGAAAAUUAUCUUCUUGGUCAGAAGGAGAAGGAUUCGGAGAGCACCGUUGUGGCUUGUUUGGCUGAGAAUGCUGAGCUGUCGCUUCGAUUGAAAAACGAGGCGUUCGAAAACGAGAAACUUGCUAAUGAAGCGUCGCUUUUGAAGGAAACGAUAACGACCCUCAAAGCUGAAUCGGAUGAAUUGGUUUCUUCCAAGGAAAAUCUCGAGGAAACUAUCGAUUUUGUUCAAGAAAAGUUACGAGAUUUAUUAGCAUCUAACAAAGAUUCCGAUUUCGGGAGUGUGGGAAUAAAAGAUGCCCUUUUGCAGUUAGAGAAAAUGCAGGAUAAUUCUGUAGUGAAAACUCGUCAACUAAUGGAAGAGAAUCGAAAUCUGAAAAGUGAGAGAGACGUUGCUGAUGUGGCGAUGAGGGCCGCCAGGUCAGAUACUCUGACGAUGAAGGAGAGUUUCAGAAGUGCCAUGCAAGAGAUGGUGACUAAACUCGAUUUGUCGAAUGCCCUUGUGGACAAAUUUCAAGCUCAGCUCGAAUCGGUGGCCGACAAAAUUCAGUUAGGUUCUGAAUACGAAGAGAAUUAUUUCGAGCAGAACAUAGUACUUUUGUCUGAUUUCGCUCGUUUGGAAGAUCGAAUGCAAGAAUUGACGUGUAAUAAUAACGGUCACCUUGCUCGAGAAAUCUCGGGUUUGGACUCUCUGGCAGAAGGACUUCGGACGAAGGAUUUAACCAUUACCGAGCUAAUGCAUGAUAAGCAAGAACUUGCGAUGCGCUUACACGACAAAACCGAGGAAUCGAACAAGCUAUCGUACGAGAUUAGUUGUCUGAACGAGACGUUGAAAGUUUUGCACGACGAGUUGCAUGUGGUGAAAACUUGCAAAGAUGAACUGGAAGGAAAAGUAAGAGAUCUGACUUUUCACUCAGACAAACAUCAGGAUAAUUUGUUCGAUUUCGAACAGCAAAAAGCCGAAUUGAUUCACGUUAGGGAACUGGCAUCGGAUCUUGAAUUGGAAAAAUCUCGUCUUUUGAGCCUGCAAAAUUUCGAUCGAGCUAAUUUCGAAACUCGGUUAUUAGAGAUGCAUGAGUACUCGCUUUCAGCUGAUGUUAAACUUGUUUAUCUUGCAAGCCAUUACGAAACCCUAAUCGAGGAACUCAUGCGUAAACACGAGUCCUCGCAAGAGUGCGUCAAAGAUCUUCAGACAAGGUUUGACAGUACAGAGGCUGUCCUAAAUCACCAUCUUGAAGAAAAAACUAACUUAUUGAUAAGUCUUGAAAAGCUAAGAUCUUAUUUAGAAGCUUCUGAACAGCAAAAACCCGAAUUGAUGCAUGUUAAGGAACUGGCAUCGAAUCUUGAAUUGGAAAAAUCCCAUCUUUUGAGUCGGCUAAAUGCGUUCAAAGAGAGAAAUAAUUCCGAUCGAGCUAAUUUCGAAAGCAAGUUAUCAGAGAUGCACGAGUAUUCCCUUUUAGCUGAUGUUAAGCUGGUUUAUCUUGCAAACCAUUGCAAAACACUACUCGAGGAUCUUCAGGCAACGUUUCUUGAGACAGAAGCUAACUUAUCGACAAGUCUCGAAAGCUUAAGAUCCGAUUUAGAAGCUUCCGAAGCUCAAAACAAGCUUCUUUCGAUUUCCACGAUUUCGAUCGGUGGCGAACUUGAAAAUUGCAAGGAAAACCUAAAAAUAAUGGAAACCCGUUUUUCCUCGGAUACCAUUUUACGAGAUUCUGAGAUAGAACGGCUGAAAAAAGGGAUAAAAGCUAUGGAGGAAGAAAUAAAUGGGCUUACAGCUUCGAAAGAGGAACUCGAAAUUUUAGCUAUAUUACUCAAAGACAAAGUCGACGAACAGUUUUCGAACAUAGCUUCUUUGGAGGAGCAAAAAGACGAGCUUUCGCAUAAGCUGUCUGAACAGGUUCUGAAAACCGAAGAAUUCAAGAACUUAUCGAUUCAUCUGAAGGAACUGAAAGACAAGGCUGAAUCUCUUACAGCUCGCGAAAAACGAGAGCCGGAAGUACAAGAUUCGUUGAGGAUUGCUUUCAUUAAAGAGCAGUGUCAAAGUACGGUCCAAGAACUGAACCAGCAGCUUUCCAUGUCGAAAAAACACGGGGAAGAGAUGCUUUUGAAGCUGCAAGAUGCUAUUGACGAAAUCGAGAGCAGGAAAAAAUCGGAAGCUGUGAGCUUGAAGAAGAGCGACGAGCUGGCGCUUAGAAUGUCGAAUUUGGAAGAAGAGUUGAAGGCGGCGAUUUUGGAGAAGCGUGAGAAGAGCAACGCUUACGACAGGACAAAGGCUGAGCUGGAAUGCGCUUUGCUGAGCUUAGAAUGUUGCAAGGAAGAAAAGGAAAAAGUUGCGGAUUCUUUGCGAGAAUUUGAGGAGGAGAAAUCGAGGCUUGCUGUUGAACUUAGCUCGGUGAAGGGUAGAUUGGAGAUUUUGAAAUCUUCUGUGGAUUUGGAGAAGGAUGAAUUAACGCGUGAUGUUAAAACAGAAAAAUUAAUAUCGAUUCAAGAUGGUGAAAUUGCUGAUACAGACGAGUCUGCACAGGAAACGGCACCUAUAGGCACGGACCCAAUACCCGAGUUACUUGUCACGGAAGAUUCCCCACAGAGCAACGGCAGUAAUUCAAUUAUUAACAACGAACAUUUGGGUGCACAAAAAUUGAGAUUCAGCUUGGAACAUUUACAUGAAGAGUUGGAAAAGAUGAAAAACGAAAAUACAGUCUUCAACAUAGGCCAUGAUGUGGGCCCGGAUCGUGAAGUUCCACAAACGGGAAUCACGCAACUGCAAAAAGCAAACGAAGAGUUAAGAAACAUGUUUCCGUUGUUCGACGAGAUCUCGAGUGGUGGCAAUGCAUUAGAAAGGGUUCUUGCAUUGGAAAUCGAACUCGCCGAAGCCUUAAAAUCGAAAAAUAAAUCGAACAUCCAAUUCCAGAGUUCUUUCUUGAAACAACAUAGUGACGAGGAGGCGGUUUUGAAGAGUUUUAGAGACAUAAAUGAGUUGAUAAAAGAAAUGUUGGAACUAAAGGGAAGGAAUGCUGACGUGGAGGCGGAACUGAGAGAAAUGCAUAACCGUUUCUCUCAGCUCAGCCUCCGAUUUGCUGAGGUGGAAGGUGAGAGAGAGAAACUCGAUAUGAUGUUAAAGAAUGUCCGAAUAUCCAAGAAAAUAACCUUAAAUCGAUCGUCCUCUGCUAAUAUUGUGGACCAUACUUCAUAGGAACAUAUUUUGUCCUCCAUUUUCGCGUCUUUCUUUCUUUUUUUUUUUUUUUUAAUUUUUUUUUUUUAAAUUCUUAUGAAGCUCAAGAAGUAGAUGUUGGUUAAAGAGCAUAUUGUACUAGUCACAUGAAAUGGGCUAAGUACCAAAAAUGUGUAGUUCUCAUUGUAAAUAACUACUGCAAGUGGUGCCAUAUUUUCUACUUGGCAAAUAACUCUUAUCAUAGUUAGUUGUAAUGUUAUUAAAUAUGUUUUUCAACC